AUAUAUAUCCAAAUAAAGCAAAAUAGUAGCUAGCUAGGAUGAAACUGCUGCCUCUGGUUUCCUAUCUUCUCAUCUUCUUGGUUUUUGCUACUGAUGAGAUUCGGUCGCAAUCCGCCGUCCCAACCUUGCCUGGUUUCGACGGUCCUCUCCCCUUCAACCUCCAAACCGGGUACAUAGGCGUGGGAGAGAAUGAAGAAGUACAGCUGUUCUACUACUUUGUUGAGUCUGAAGGAAACCCUAACACUGAUCCUUUGUUCUUGUGGUUAACCGGCGGACCGGGUUGUUCUGCAUUUUCCGGCCUGGUCUAUGAAAUCGGGCCAUUUACUUUCGAUCAAACCACUUUUGAUGGGAGCCUUCCAUCUUUGAUCAUUAACCCUUAUUCAUGGACAAAAGUUGCUAGCAUUAUAUUUAUAGACUCUCCAGUGGGCACUGGUUUCUCCUACGCCACUACUGCACAAGCUUAUGCUUCAAGCGAGACCAUUGCAGCACAACAUAAUUACAUGUUUCUUACCAAGUGGUUGGACAGUCAUCCUUCGUUCAGAAAAAAUAGGUUAUACAUUACUGGUGAUUCUCAUGGUGGCAAAAUUGCCCCAAUGGUAGCUCUAGCAAUUGCUCGAGGUAAUGAAGCCGGGACUAUGCCGCGAUUAUUACUCCAAGGAUAUAUAGUUGGAAACUCGUUGACAGAUAACGUUCAAGAUGAGAAUGAAAGGAUUCCUUAUUAUCACCGAAUGGCAUUAAUCUCUGACGAAUAUUUUGAGGAUCAGCUUGCAAAAAGUAGCUGCAAUGGACGGUAUACAAACCCGGAUCCAAACAAUGUGUUGUGCCUUUAUGCGCUAGAACUUGUCGAUGAGUGUGUAAAGAACAUCAACACCGCCCACAUUUUGGAGCCAAAGUGCAAAUUCAGGUCGCCAAAACCUGAUGAAUUUCGACUAAGGGAAUUGUUGUUUGAAGACGAUCCCAUCGAAUUAAUUUCCUUGUCCAAAUCAGAGGUGCUACGAUGCCGUAAUGAUAAUUAUGAGAGCUCUUAUGCAUGGAUGAAUAAUGAAACCGUUCGAGAAGCGCUUCACAUUAGAAAGGGUACGAUAUCUGAUUGGAAACGAUGUAAUAAAAGCUUGUCCUACGAGCAAGAUGUGGAAAGUAUUUUGGAAGUACACAGACUCUUGAGUGAAAAAGGGUUUCAGGCAUUGGCAUACAGCGGUGAUCACGACGGAAAUAUUCCGUACUUGAGCACUUUAAAAUGGAUACGACAAUUAAAUCUAACGGUGGAUUCUAAGUGGAGGCCUUGGACUGUUGAUGGCCAAGUCGCGGGGUACACAGAAGUGCACCAGAAUAACCAAGCGUUUCUCACUUUUGCAACGGUCAAGGGAGCAGGACACACAGCUCCAGAAUACAAACCUAAAGAGUGCUUAGAAAUGAUUAAAAGAUGGUUGGCUUGGUAUCCUUUAUAGAUAUUUUGAAGUAAUUGAAACAUGCAUGAAUAUAACAGGUCUGUUUAUCCAAUUAAUAAAAAUUUUAACGAUACGAUUUCUAAUAUAA